AUGGCCAAGGACAAGGAAAGAUCGGUUAACCCUGCCGCUGCGCAACGGAAGCAGGAUAAGCAGAAGAGCCUAAAGAAAGGAAAAGCGGAGGCGCUCGCUCGCCGCAAUGAAAAAAUGGCUCGUCGCAAUCCCGAACGAAUCGAGCGACAGAUCAAUGACCUUAAAUCCAUGGAAGAAUCGGGGCAAAAAUUACGACCCCGUGACAAGGAGAUCCUCGAAGCGCUCGAGAAAGAUCACCGGGCCGUUUUGAAAGCUCGCGAAGCUCUCGGCGACAAGGCACCCAAGUUCCAUAGUGGAGGUGGUGGUGGCCAAAAUCAGAGACAGGACAGGGACGGUGGCGACGCAGUUCUCGGGAAACGGAGGCGUGAUCCCCAGUUUGCGCGAUACCAAGAGAGUGAUAGUAGUGAGACGGAUGAGGACGUGCGCAGGAUACCAAUGCCCCGGGAUACACCUCCUCCGAUUCCGCGCCCGCAGAGAAAACGUGGUGGCGGUACGCAGAAUGAAGGUUCGGAGCGUCGGGGACCACAUGGGCUGCCUUCCAAGCCUGCAGCGGUUGUCGAGUCUAAGUCGGUCUACGAAGCUCAGCCGGAGAUUCGGAAUCUGCGGCAGGAGGCUGUGAAUAAGUUCAUCCCCGCGGCUGUCCGGAUGAAGCAAGAUUCCAUUAAGGGUCAAGGGAAACUGCUUGAGCCGGAGGAAAUGGACAAACUAGAAAAGGCGGGUUAUAAGGCGAAUGUAGGAGCUUCACAGACGGAUCAGCCAUCUACAGAUGAGCAAAGGUCAUUGGAGGAAGAAGAGGCUCGCUUCAAUCGCGAGAUGCGGACUGUCCAGAUCGAAGAAGUCUCGGACGAAGACGCUUAG